AAUCCAAGAGUACCCAGAUGCAGCGCCAAGAUGGCGGACCCAAAGAUAGAAAACCACAUUUACAAAACGCAAUAAGUUUCCGCAUUACCUCCGAUUGGCGGACCCAAAACAUGAACUUUGAACUUCUGCUUUGCGAUGCCAGAACAGUAGGUGGCGGUAUGUACCUACACUUUCUGACGGCAAAAUUUACAGAAGAAGAAGAACUCUCAGGAAGUUUGAAAAGAAGCAAGCCGUCCGCAUUCAUUCAAUCUCACAUCCGACCACUCAAACUAACCCUAACCCUGCAUUCCAUUGUUUCCAUCAUGGGAAAUCUAAGUGACGCUAUCAAAUUAACAGGAACAUUGCGCAGAAGAUAUGUCCUGGGCAAUGGACUGAGAAAACGGGCAGAGAUUUGGAGGUAUUUGUGCAUGCUCUAUAUUACAGUUGAAAAGUGUAUAACAGCUUUCCAAUGCUGUUACUUGUGGCGAAGAACACCUUUUUGCUUGAGUUGAUGCGUGCCCGCAGGUGGAAUAAUGUCACAUGUCACACACAUUUUCUGUUGUUUUGAUUUAUUUACUCAUUCAUCAUUUUAUGUGCGCACCUCUCCUAAUCAACCCACCCAUUAAAUAGACAGGCACAAUAGCACCAUCUGCUGGCACAAAAAAUACAUAACAAUAAACUGCAAAACCCCAAUCUGGCUCCUACAAAGUGUAUGUGACAAGAUGAUUAACGUUUGCUUUUGUUAAAUCAGGGCUUCCCCAGCCAGGACUUCGGCUCAGACUGUGGCAUAUUCAUGUUGAUGGUAGGUCAUAACGAGCUGUAAUGCACAAAUAUUGUAUCUAGAAUAACUUUCCAACAUGGACUUUUUUAAAGUUAUCUCACAUGUUGUCUCAUAAUUUUUUUUUUAAAGUCUGCCAUAUACAUCGUUAUGGAGUCACAGUUUGACUACUCAGUUGUAAGUACUUUUCAACACGCAGUGUCAUCCUCAAGAUUGUAUUUUGUAUUGUGCACUAAAAUGAAAUACAAACAACAAUCUCAGCAUGACAUGCCUGUUUGGCGGCGAUGGUGGUGCCUGUUGCUCCUGGAGAACAAUUCUUUGAACAGGUAGACAGUUUAAGUAAACUAGAUGUCCUAAUUAACUGGAAGACAAUCAAUAUAUUGUACUUAAAGACAUAUUGUCAUUACAGUUGUGGGAAAAUCUUCGCCCACUGGACCAAAGAAUGUCAAGAGCUCACUGCUGGAAAGCAUACUCCGGUCUUCAGUCUAAAGAGGAAGGCAGAGCAGCAGGACAUAGAGGUUAGAAAAUUGCCUUGUAAAAACAGUAUUAUCUCAGUGGGAGUCCUUCAAAAUGCACACAGUUGUAUGGAUCAACAUUGUCUCGAUGUAUUUGGUAAUUGAUGUUACUUUUCAAAUUGCCUUGUCAAGGAAACCAUGACGCAGACGGUAUCGGAUGUCCAAAGAAUGUGCAUGGCAGAUUCAAUGCAAUUCUGUGUCUACCAGACAUCGAACAACACAGGAGAGAGGUGUGUUGCAGACUCAAUUUAAUAAAUGCAAUUAUUGGGGCCUAUUCAGUGAUUUUCCAUGAAGUGACCACUUUUACAUAUAGUUUAAAUGCACGAAUCAUGCAGGAAAAUUAUUUAUACAUUCAAAUGUGCUGCAGAGGUAUAAUCAAUUGGACAGCGUGUUUGUUUAAUAUUAUUUUUGUCUCUCAUUUGAUCAGAUUGCUUUACCCUGAGGUAAACGUCAUAAAAUGGGUCCAGUGCAAGACGUGCAGGGACUGGCUGCAUCAGGAUUGUGCUGGGAUUGAAAUGGAGCCGUUUGACUGCGGGUGCGAGGACUCCAUUGAGCAUCCUCGGUAUAACAUAAUUUAUCAGGGAAACAUAGUAUCAGUCAAAAAUACGAGGCUCAAAGGAUGAAAAAAUGAGGGCUUGCUCUUUUCUUAUUUCUCUGCAGGAUCAAGGAUGCUGUUGACAGUUGAGGAAUUCAUGCUGUCUUUUCUAAGACACAGAUCAAGGUUGCUUUUGAAUGCACUAUCAGUUGUUAAAGCCACCGUUUCUUUUUCAGAUGAUUACAUUUUGUCUCUUGCUCUUUGGUUUCAGACAUUACACGAUGAUCUACUGUCUGGAAAGAUCCGCUCCAACAGAAUGUUCCUUUGGAGGAAUCCCGCCACCUCACUCCGACAAAAGCAGCAUCUUAAGAUAAGGACACUAAGUUGGAGUGAGCAGCGCGUAAGUAAAAAUGCCAUCCAUCAUGAGUAUUUUUACUCUCAGGGGUGUUACAUUUGAAAGGUGUUUACUUUCUGUGUUUUUCUUCAAUAGAUGUUAGAGCUCCUGCGGUUCAUUGAGGUGGCAACAAACAUUUCUAAAAAAAUAAAGAGAGGCGAGAUUUAUCUGCUUGAUUUCGUUUUUGACGUCAUGCUCCCAGAGGUGAGUAGAUCAAACUAUAUAGCUUGCUUUGAAAAUUGAUGAUAUUGUUAAGAGGUUGUUCUUAUUCAUUUGGAAAGCUCAAGAACAACAAUUAACCCAUACUGCAUAACUUCAAUUGUUCACAUUAUUUGACUGUUUUUCAGCUUUUGAUCAAAGCACUGAAGGAGCAUGGCAUCAACCGGUUCAGAGCAGAGCUGAUGAUGGCCUGUGGCAACGUGUUUUAAGCCCCCCACCACACCGACGGCAGUGCUGAAUUUUGUAUAUAUAUAUAUUUUUUUUUACUGUUCACAAUUUUGUUUGGAAAAAAUUAAAGAAAUCUUCAAAGCAGUUGUAUGACAAUUUCCCAUUUCUUUACACAGUC